AUGAAGCGUGAGAUGGAUCGGCAGUUUGGUGUGGCGUCUGUAGUGAUGCAGGCGCUGUGCCAGACAGUCGUGGUGAAGAGGGAGCUGAGAUCCUGCUCCUCUCCUCCUCUCCUCUCCUGUAGCUGUGCGACAGCGUACAUCCUGCUGGCGGAGGAAGAAGCUACAACCAUCAUGGAGGCUGAACGUUUGUUUAAACAGGCGCUAAAAGCUGGAGAGGGCUGUUACCGCCGCAGCCAACAGCUCCAACAUCACGGUACACAGUAUGAAGCCCAGCACAGAAGAGACACCAACGUAUUGGUGUACAUAAAAAGAAGACUGGCCAUGUGCUCCAGAAAGCUCGGCCGAACACGAGAAGCAGUUAAAAUGAUGAGAGAUUUAAUGAAGGAGUUCCCUCUCCUCAGUAUGUUCAACAUCCACGAGAACCUGCUGGAGUCGCUACUAGAGCUCCAGAACUACGCCGACGUCCAGGCCGUUCUGGCCAAGUACGACGAUAUUAGCUUACCCAAAUCUGCAACAAUAUGCUACACAGCAGCCUUGCUCAAAGCCAGGGCGGUAUCGGACAAAUUUUCUCCAGAAGCAGCAUCCAGGCGAGGGCUGAGCACAGCAGAGAUGAACGCAGUAGAAGCCAUCCACAGAGCGGUGGAGUUCAACCCUCACGUCCCUAAAUAUCUGCUGGAGAUGAAGAGUCUGAUUCUUCCUCCAGAACACAUCCUGAAGAGAGGAGACAGCGAGGCCAUCGCCUACGCUUUCUUCCACCUGCAGCACUGGAAAAGGGUCGAGGGGGCGCUCAACCUGCUGCACUGCACCUGGGAGGGCACAUUCAGAAUGAUCCCGUAUCCUCUGGAGAAGGGUCACCUGUUCUAUCCAUAUCCCAUCUGCACAGAGACGGCCGACAGAGAGCUGCUACCCACAGUGUUUCACGAGGUGUCAGUCUACCCUAAGAAGGAGCUGCCCUUCUUCAUCCUCUUCACAGCCGGUCUCUGCUCCUUCACCGCCAUGCUGGCUCUGCUCACACACCAGUUCCCUGAACUCAUGGGAGUGUUUGCUAAAGCUUUCCUCAGCACACUGUUCGCUCCUCUGAACUUCAUCAUGGAGAAGGUGGAGAGCAUCCUGCCGUCCAGCCUCUGGCACCAGCUCACCCGCAUCUGACCCCGACCGGACCGGACCAGACUCUGAAUCAGACCCAGGACCAGGACCAGGAGCUGACCUCCAUCCAGACAGAAACAGCUGAACUGAAACCCAGAACGCUGCGUAGGAAGGGACUGACACACCUUUGUGCCAAGACGAGCGAGUUCAAACCAAACUGAGGACGACGGAGGAGGCGCGAAACAAAAAGGCAAAACAACAGAAUCCAGAAUUGGUUUUGACUUUAUUUGAUAUGUUUGCAUUUUUUGGGUUUUCAAUCAUUUAAAGCUGUUCCUUUGUUGUACAAAAACAGGUGAUCAAUGCCAUCAUUAAAAAAGUGAAAAGACAAAAAAAUACAAUAAAGGACUUUUUGUGUAUUGCUGCAAG